CUCUGCUCCCGAGGAAGAAGUGACGUCAGACCAGAGGCUGGACCAACAUGGCGGCUAUAAUGAGGAUUGUCAACAGAAGCACUUUAAGUUCAACAAUGGGUCAGCAGUACCUGGCGUUCAGCUCCGCAGCAAAGGCUGGCGUAAGGGCAGGUCAAGCUCUUCCGGAGAAGGUGAAAAUAGUGGAGGUGGGACCCAGAGAUGGUCUUCAGAAUGAGAAGACAAUCGUACCAACAGAGACAAAAAUCCAUCUGAUCGACUUGUUGUCAGAUUCCGGGCUGCCAGUCAUUGAGGCCACCAGCUUUGUAUCUCCAAAAUGGGUUCCACAGAUGGCAGACCAGGUGGAGGUGAUGAAGGGGAUCUGUAGAAAACCUGGAGUGUCUUAUGCAGUCCUUACCCCCAACCUCAAGGGUUUCCAGGCUGCUGUGAAGGCAGGAGCUUCAGAGGUGGCCAUAUUUGGUGCUGCAUCAGAGCUCUUCAGUAAGAAGAACAUAAACUGCUCCGUGGACGAGAGUUUACAGCGCUUUGAUGAGGUUAUGAAAGCAGCUAAAGAGGCUGGUGUGCCAGUUAGAGGAUACGUGUCGUGUGUUGUUGGAUGCCCGUAUGAAGGCAAGGUGGCACCUGAAAAAGUUGCACACGUAGCAAAGUGUCUGUACUCGAUGGGCUGCUAUGAGAUCUCCCUGGGUGACACCAUUGGAGUGGGGACUCCAGGUAGCAUGGCUCAAAUGUUAGAGGCAGUGAGCAGAGAGGUGCCAGUCAGUGCCCUGGCAGUGCACUGCCAUGAUACCUAUGGCCAGGCCCUGGCUAACAUCCUGGUAGCCUUACAGAUGGGAAUCAAUGUGGUAGACUCAUCAGUAGCUGGACUGGGUGGCUGUCCCUAUGCCCAGGGGGCUUCUGGGAAUGUUGCUACUGAAGAUGUAGUCUAUAUGUUGCAUGGACUUGGGAUUCAAACGGGUGUGGACCUCUCCAAACUGAUGAAUGCUGGAGCUUUCAUCUGCCGAAGCCUCAACAGAAAGACCAGCUCCAAAGUGGCGCAGGCCCCUUGCAAACUGUAAUCAAUCUUUCACAGACUGUACACUGCAGCAUAACCAUGUAAGCUGGAGCCGUCACCCUCUGUAUGUACAGAUCAAUGUCUGAUUAGGUAUUCACUACAUGAUAGUAUAGCUUGAACAGUGCCUUAUGUAAAGUCAAUCUAAUCAUACAGAAUCUGUCUGUCUAAAACCUUUUUCUAAUGGUGUGUUUACGUUACUUUCUGGCCAGUGGGUUAGCCAAAGUGCAAAGAUCUUUUUAAUACUAUGUCAAAUCAACCAGUAAAAUAUCUUAGGGAUGCAUAAACUCACUGUUGAUGUCAGAAAAGACAGAAGUGUUGUUUUGAUUUCUGAUCAUCCUCUGUAUGCUGUGAUCACUGUCUUCAUAUUAAUGAUCUAUCUUGGGAGCAUCUGUGGAGACCAUCGGUUGGAAAUUGUGCUGGUUUGCGAAAAAUAGGGAUGUGUUGUAUUCCACAGGUUUUUUUUAUUUUAUUUUAUUUUUUUUUUUUAACAUAUGUAUGAUUUUUUUGUUUUACCUUUUAAUAUGUUUAAGUAUUUAUUUUAAUAUGCGUGUACAUAUCAAACAAGAUUGAGUUUUAAAAAUAAAACAAUACUGAUUAAUGUGUCAUUAAUCUGAAA